CCAGUUAGUGAUCCAAAACCUUCGGUCGAACAUGGAAGUCAUCACGAUAACACUGUUAACGAUUUUAAUUCUUCUGCUAAUAUACGUUUUGCACCUUCUUCGGAGACAAAUACACUUUUUCAAGGACCGUAAUGUACCGUACAAACCAGCGAGUUUCGAACGGUUGGAUAAGACAAUCCAUCCGGCAAUGCACUUUCUGCGAUGGUACAAGCAGUUCAAAGGCCAGUAUCCGUUGAGCGGAGUGUUCAUGUUCAUCAAACCAAUCGUCAUUCCGCUGGAUUUGGAGCUGAUAAAGCGUAUCUUGGUGAAGGAUUUUCAAUACUUUCAAAAUCGCGGCAUAUACUACAACGAGAGAGACGAUCCUCUUUCCGCGCAUCUGUUCAGUCUGGAGGGAGCCAAAUGGAGGAAUUUGAGAGCGAAAAUUUCACCCACUUUCACGUCCGGUAAAAUGAAGAUGAUGUAUCCAACGAUGGUUGCCGCGGGGAAGCAAUUCAGCGAAUAUCUAGAAGAAAAAGUAGGAGAUGGAAACGAAUUGGAAAUGCGGGAUUUAUUGGCACGAUUUACGACAGAUAUGAUCGGCACGUGUGCAUUUGGAAUAGAGUGCAACUCGAUGAAGGAACCGAAUUCAAAGUUCCGGGAGAUGGGUCGCAAACAUUUUGAAGCACCACGUAAUGUCUUGAAAGAUGCAUUUAAAAUGACCGCUCCUGGAUUGGCACGGUUUUUAAGAGUAACCGAAAUUCUACCCGACGUUUCCGAAUUCUUUAUGGACGUCGUUAAGAGCACCGUCGAAUAUCGAAUGAAGAACAACGUAAGGCGAAACGAUUUCAUGGAUCUGCUGAUCGCUAUGCUGGACGAUAAAACUGAAGGAUCUGAAAGUCUUACAAUAAGCGAAAUAGCAGCACAAGCGUAUGUGUUCUUCAUUGCUGGUUUCGAAACAUCUUCAACUACCAUGACAUGGGCCUUGCAUGAGCUUUCACGUAAUCCGGAUAUUCAAGAAGAGGGAAGAAAAUGCGUCCAAGAAGUGCUGGAAAAGUAUAACGGUGUGAUGAGCUACGAAGCUAUAAUGGAAAUGACGUACAUCGAUCAAAUUAUCAACGAAACCCUUCGCCUGUAUCCACCGGUUCCGAUGCAUUUCCGUGUGGUUUCCAAAGACUACCACGUUCCAGAAACGGAUACGAUUCUUCCAGCUGGCACUUUUACGAUGAUUCCGGUCUACGCGAUUCACCACGAUGAAGACAUCUUCCCAGAGCCGGAGAAAUUCGACCCAACACGGUUCACUCCUGAAGAGGUCAACAAAAGGCACGCCUUCGCAUGGACACCAUUUGGCGAAGGGCCACGUGUCUGCAUCGGAUUGCGGUUCGGGAUGAUGCAAGCUCGCAUUGGUUUGGCACUGAUGCUGAAAAAUCUUCGCUUUUCGCCAGGGCCCAAAACGUGCACUGAAAUGGAGUUUCAACCUCAAAACUUUAUUCUUUCGCCCAAAGAGGGACUUUGGCUGAAUGUCGAGAAAAUCUAAGGGGAAGAAUCAAACAUUAAUUGGAACCGUAUAACAGUUACUAGUGUAGUUGUUAUUAACGUAAGAACAGUGGGGAUAUGGCAGUGGUCCUCAGCACUUUGACCCCUGGGGGCCAAAGUAUAUUUUCAGAAUGACUUUGCGGGCCGCAUAAUAUUUUUUCGAGACGUUCAUUUUUUUCAAACACAUUUUUGGUGAUUUGGAAUAAAUACAGAUUUUUUUAGAUUUCAUUA